AAGAGCUCAGUCAGUCCCCUCCACUGUGGCUCGGGCUCCCCAGCUCUCCCACCCUGGGCCCCCCCCUCCCCAAGCCUUCCUUUUCCUUUGUAGAUUUGACCUGAAACGUUCCCAGGGAAGGAGGUGGCAGGCUAGCAAGAAGGCAGGUGGCAGCAGGGGGUGGUGAGCAUUAGUGGCCCCCUACAAACUGGCCCUGCCAGUGGCCCGGGCAGCAGCAGCAGCAACAGCAGCAGUGGAGGUGGGGCACUGUUUGCCCAGCUCCAAGCAGUCACCAUGGCCCGAGCACCUGGGGCAAGCCCAGCCCACUGGGAGGACAGCAAGGGGGCCGGCAGGACCUUAGGGGAUCAGCGGCCCUCCCUCGCUCAGGUGUCCCUGGAGCCUGCGAUUGUGGAAAAGAAUUACCGUCUGCAAGGCGCUUUUGUGGAAGAUGAGUUCUUGGCCAUGGACAAGUCCUCCCCUACUCCAUACAGCGUCAACAUCAACGUGCUCCUUCCUGAAAAUACUUGCUAUGGCACUCCCAAGGCCUUGGCAGUCUUCCCUCAGAUCAAAAGCGAGCCCAGCACCAGCUUUGCGCAGGCCUGCCCCACCAUCAUUCCUUCCCCACCAACCCUGCCAGAUUUCACCAGCGUCUUCAGCGUUCCACAACCUAUGGCUGUGAGUAACAUCUUCAUUAAGCAGGAGCUGCCUGGAGAGAUGCCUACGGCUGCUGGACUGCAGGCAGCCCAGUUGUGCCAGAUGCCGCCGGCCGGGGCCGGCAUGGGCAUCGAUGUCUCCAUGGCCAUGCCAUCAGUGAGCAGUGCCACUGCCUUCAGUGGCCUGAAUGGCAUCAGUCUAGCAGCAGGCAACUCCCUGACUGGGAUCCUUCAGCAGCCGUCAAGGCUCGAGGGAGAGGAGAAGUCCUUUCCAAGUGUCCUCCCAGGGCAAGGUGCCGUCAACCUUGCUGGGCAGUUCUACCCUGUCCCAAGUGUCAGUCUGCCCCCAUCCCCCCCCAGCUCCCAGCCUGGCAGCCCUGAAAAUCAGCGCCCCCCAUCUUUCGAGACAGCCUUCGGACUGCAGCUGCUCCCGCCCCCUCAGAUUGCCACAUUCCCCGGUGGCCUGACCACCCUCUCCCCGGGGCAGCUCAUUCUGCAAGCGGCCCGAUUCAUCCCGAGCCCAGAACUGGACAAGAGGCGUGCUCAUCGCUGUGACUAUCCAGGUUGCAUUAAGGUUUACACCAAGAGUUCUCACCUGAAGGCCCACCAGAGGACGCAUACAGGUGAAAAACCGUACAAGUGUUCCUGGGAUGGGUGUGACUGGCACUUUGCCCGCUCAGAUGAGCUUACCCGACAUUACCGCAAGCACACCGGAGUCAAGCCGUUCAGAUGUGCCACCUGUGACCGUUGCUUCUCCCGCUCGGACCACCUGAACCUGCACAUAAAGCGGCACCAGAAGUAGGGGCGUUCUCCUGGCACACAGGAGGACUCCAGAGAUCCCCCCGCCUGACCGUUCCUCCUGUACUAACGGCUCAGCCCCUGCUCUUCUUUCCCAUUUCCCAUUUGAAGGCAGCUCACACCACUCAGCUCGGCUUUGCUGGUUUGGGGAAGUGCACACGGAAAAGCUCGGGUUUGAGGGUAUCAUCAUCCUCUUUGGGGUCUACCUCACCACAUCCCAUUUUUGUCCCCCAAAAGAUAUGCUAAAAAUGUCUAAUAGCAAAGCCCCAGGAGGAGGCCUCUGCAUGGGCUUUUCAGCUCCAGAAUGACUCCAUCUAGGCCCCAAGCUGCUGCUGUCUCUAGAGUUCCAGGAAAGAGAGGGGGCAUCUAGAGACCCAGAGGCAACUUGGGGGCUUCUUGGCCUGCCCCUAUCUCCAGCUUUGACCUUGGCCAAGACCCUAUGACCAUUGCAUGUGAUAAAGAUGGGGCUUUUGUGGUGCCUGACAUUUGGGUGGCGACCCAACAUCCACGUGAUUUCAUCGGCACGUGUUUAUCACUACAUUGCCAGGUUUGAGGAGUCAACGAUCUGGAGAUGGGCAGAGCUUUUAAGGUCAGCUUCCCAAACCCCCUUCUUUGGCUAAGGCCUAGAUAAGGGAAGGGACUCUGCCAAGGUGACGCGGGGAGUGGCAAGAGGCAGAGCUGACUCCAAACCCCCUGGGCCAGGUGCUCUGAGCCACUUGUGCUGCUUUGAGGUUGCCAGUUCUGAGAGAGUAUUGGCAUGAGGGGAAGAGCUGUGGGCCUAAGAGUGCAUUCUAGAAGGAAAUCCCUGGAGCAGAGCUAGGCCUGGCCCAAGUCACUUGCAGGCAGUCACCCCAGGGGCCACCUAUCUUAAUACCCUUCCUUGGGAUUGGUGCUGGAGGUGGGGAGUCAAGUAGGUCUAGAGGGAAUAGGAAACAGGGGAGGGGCUUAACUUAGUUGUUAGAGCAGCACAAAAAUAGGCAGGAGAUGCUGUUGGUGUGGAUCUCUGGCUUGACUGGGACUCGUGUGAUGGCGCCUCCCCCACCUCUGUGUGCUUUUAGAGGCAUUGCUGUGGCCUAACACUGAGCCCAGAAGCUUACAAAUCACAGACGCCUUUUUCUUCCAGAUGGGAAGUCCCAAGUCUCUAUCAUAACUGACCCAAGCUAACCUGGGCACCUUUGCCAUUUCAUGGCACUUGCCAUUGGCCUUGCUACUUGAACAAGUAGGUGUUGCAAAAAUCCAACCAGACAAUGUCAGGAACACGGUGGUCCUCAUGACCCUGCCUCACCAGUUCAGGGCACACUGGGCCCAAUGGUGGUUUUCCUGGUGAACUGGGCUAGAGGGUAUGCCCAACGUCCUUUCACAGAACCUUCCACAUCUGUGCACUGGACACUGGAUGGCCUGCCCACCUACGCACUCACAGGGUUCUGCUAAAGGAGCCCAGAGGCCUAGAACCCCUCACAAUGCCUUGCCAGGUUUUCUUGUCGAGGGAGGUCCGGCACCAGGUUUCCUAUUCCAUACAUCCUGUCAGGGUGCACAGAGUAUGCAGCCCAAGGGCCAGCUCUAGUCGGGUAUCUGGUAGAACAGACCCAUGCAGGCCACUGCAUGCCUCCUUUCACCUCUUUUGACAAGGACCAUUCAGAUUCCGGGACAAGCUCCAGAAUCGGUACAAAGCACACAGGUUGGGGGGGGGAGGCGGAGAAAAGGUCCCAGUCUGUCUCCCUUCAGCAGGCACUUCUCAGGCAGGUGGGUGGCCGGCCUUGGGAGUCCUGGCAACGGGAGCUGAAGGCUAGGGCAGUGUGUGCCAGCUGUGCCAAUGAAGCACAUUGGGGAGCAAAUUCAGGGCUGGUAGUGGCAGUGGUGCAGGUCCUGUGGAAGUACAAAUGAUCGACACCGCUCAUCCCGAAUUGAUAUCCCCCUUAAAGCAAGGCCUAGAGUGGAGAGCAUUGGACCAAUAUGCAUGUGUGUAUAUACACAUGUAUGUAUGUAUGUAUGUAUGUAUACACAUACUUAUGUGUGCAUAUUUGAGACUCGGUGACCAGUGGCUCAGGAAACAUUGAUCACGUUCCUGCCAGAUGCUUCCUACAGAAUCAAAGACAAAUGGAAGACUCCCAGGCCUUGAGCUCCCUUCCAUCCCACCAGGCCGCGAAUGGCUUGUCUGAAGUCCAGGCCUUGCCCUUUUUCCCAUCAGCCCCAGUGAGGAUCCCUGGCCUGGCUCAGCCCUUGUCACACUUCAUCUGUCCUGACUGUGCUGGCGGGCUGGGUGGGCUGAGACCAAAAGGAGCCAGCAGAAGGAGCUCCGAUGGCUUCCUUCCAGCGCCACUGCUCCUUUCCUUGCUGGUUUUUCGUUUUCUUGCCAUGUUUGGAGAGUAAUGCCCCAUGUAGGAAAAAAAAUCCAUCUGCUAGGCUCUCUGGGACACUGGGAGCGUAGCAGGCGGACACUUGACUUUUCCCUGAGAUCAGGGAUCAUUCCCCACAGACACAGGGACGUGGGGCACGGGCCAUAAGGGGAAAACAGAUUGUUUUUUAAAAAAACUGAGCCCAGGCAUUAAGAGCAGCUGAAGACAUGCCCUGCCCCCAGCCCUUGCUUCCAUUUCUAAUGCCCAAACGGGAUGAGCUGUUUGGCUCCCAGCAGGCCUGUUGACAAUAGCUGCCUGCCAGUUGGCCUCUGCCCCACAGCCCCUGCAUCGGAACCCCAGCAUGUGUGUCACACUGCAGUGCCUUUGGCUGGGCAGAGUCACCUGUGUGACUCUCACCCAGCUCCCUGCUUCCCCAAGCCUGCCACCAUCUCUUACCAAGUGAGCGUGUGCCUUCCCUUUUCCUCGUAGGACACCCCUAUUGAGCAAAGCUGACCCCUCCCCAUGCAUUCACUUGUUUGAGCCUCUCAGGUCACUGGGGGCCAAAGGCCCCAGAAGUUAGGAUAAACAUUGGUUUUUUUCAGGCAAAAAAAAAUUAAAAAGGAGAAAAACGCCAAAAAAGCAAAACAAAAUGAGCGUGAUUGAAGGUGUGUGCAAGAUGAUAACUAACAUUAGCGCUAAUGACUGAGGUUCAGUUGUUUCCUAGCGUGUUUCUGAAAGUUCUUCUGCUUAUGCUACGUGGGAGCCUCCUGUACUGGUAAAAGAAUAAAGCUUGAAGCACUUUG